AUGAAUGUGCUGUUAGGAAGACGCAGUUUCACGUAUGCACCGAGAUGUCUGUGGUGCAGGUGUCGAAGUAGUAGGAGUAGACCAUAUUCUCUGGCACAUGCGGUCGACACAAGUAAAAUGGAGGCAACCAGGAGGAAUGCUCAGAUUGAAAAGGACCUGGCUAGAUACUAUCCGUCAAUGUCAGAACCAGCGUUCGAUGAGCUAUGUCAGGGUUAUAAGGAGUUCAGCAUCAGUGAUUUCAAUAAGAGAUUUUUGGGCAAUCCAUCUGUUUUAAAUCAUGAGGAUAAUCCCAAGUGGUUACUUAGUAUUAAUGGCAGGAUCAGAAACAUUAGGUUUUCAGGUCAGAAGAUUGUUUUUAUUGAUUUGUACAGCGCCAGCGGCGGAUUGAAAAAUGAUCAACUGCAGUUGAUCGUGAACUACAAUCAAAUUGAUGGACGUAGUGAAGAUAAAGCGAAUUUCUCAGAGCAUAUGAACUUUUUAAAGAAAGGCGAUUAUAUCAAGGCUUUUGGUUAUCCUGGGUUUUCUCAAUCCAGACUCAAGAUGUUAUCUUUGAUAUGUAAUAGGCUACCUGUGGUCUUGUCUGUUUCGCAACUACCGUUGCCUUCCAAACUAAAUGAUGAUACUAAGAUUAAAUCUAAUAGAGUUAUUGACUAUCAAUUAAACGGCACUCAGACACUACUAGUAAGGGCACAUAUCGUCAAACUUUUGAGAAGCUUUUUGGAUGAUAGAAGCUUCGUUGAAGUUGAAACUCCUAUUCUUUCAUCGAAGUCUAACGGUGCUAUGGCGAAGCCUUUUAUAACGUCUUCCAAGGAUUUUGACCAUUUAGAGUUGCGUAUUGCACCAGAAUUAUGGCUGAAGAGGCUCAUCAUCAGUGGUUUGCAUAAAGUGUAUGAAAUAGGAAAGGCCUUUCGAAAUGAAAGCAUUGAUUCCACGCACAAUCCCGAAUUUUCCACUUUAGAGUUCUAUGAAACUUACAUGUCAAUGGAUGAUAUAGUUGUAAGAACCGAAGAGCUAUUCAAGUUUUUGAUCAUGAACUUGCAGAAGUUCUUUCAAGAUACCCAUUUUCCCAUCCCUAAAACUUUUAGUGAAUUAUAUCUGGCACUAUCCGAGAAUGACUGGAAGUUUAAAAAACUCGAAUUCUUACCCACUUUGAACAAAGAGCUUGGUAUUGAUUUGAUAAACUCCGGGUUGGAUAUCAAUAGCCCAAGCGAACUAUUAAGGGUUUUACCGAAAGACGUCACAGACAAGUAUUUUUCUUCUGCAGGUGAUAGUGAGCAGUUAUCUUCCCUACAAAUUUUAAAUAAGCUAUCGGAUGUAUUCCUCGAGCAGCGCCAUUGUCAAUCAAUCUUACCUACCGUAAUAUACCAUCAGCCUGCGAUAUUAUCGCCCUUAGCCAAGACGGAUCCUCAAAAUAAGCAAAUCACCAAGAGAUUCGAAGUUUUUAUCAAAGGUAAGGAAUACAUUAAUGCUUAUGAAGAAGAAAACUGCCCUCAAUUACAACUAGAGAAGUUUCUACAACAAAAGCAAAUUAAUGAAUUGACAGGAAACAAAAUUGAGACUCUAUCGCCGGUUAUUGACUACCAGUAUAUUGAGACAAUGAAAUAUGGUAUGCCUCCAGUGGGUGGUUUUGGUCUCGGCAUAGAUAGGCUCUGCAUGCUAUUUUGCGACAAGAAGAGAAUAGAAGAGGUUCUGCCCUUUGGUUGUGUGGAUGAUGUAAAUAGGCAGUAA